ACGAUCUGGAGCAUAUGCGAGACAACCGCCAUGAACGACCGCCAGGCUCGCUGCGAUGCUUUUACCUCUUCUACGCGAGGCUGUACGAGAAACUCGUACUUUUAUUUCUGAUGAAGAUUAUGUUAUUUAGGCAAUCUUGUAGUAGUAGUUGCUCUUACUCAACUACAAAAAUUUUGAAUUCGAGUUCUACGAUUGUGCCUCUUCCUCGUAAAUUUGAUCAUCAAACUCCACGUCGACCACCACGACAAGAUCGCAAAGCAAGGCGGACGCGAUGUCCCGUUUUUCAGCAACGUGCAAAUUGAAGAGGAACAUUCUGAUGCUCUUUUUCCUACAAGAGUCGACCUAUCCGAUCGACGCUGCAUCGGAAUGCGAGAAAUCUUAGACUUUUCUAGAGACAUGGGCUUGCGACCUCACAAAGUCGGUAUCAAGGACCUCGAGAGGUGUUACUUCGCAGCACAUAGCAUGGGGUUGGCGUGCAAUAAGGCUGGAGAACAAGGAGACGGCGCUAGCAUGCAACAAGAUGACAACAGUCAAGCCUCGAGUAAUGCCAGAGCAGCUCAAGAGGCAGCGUUUGUCACUUAUCCUGGGCUUACCUAUCACGAAUUUCUGAAGUUUUUGGUUUAUCUCACGGACGUCCUAGAUGAGAACUCUGCGAAAGACAAGUACUUACCAUGUUUGAUCUUACGGACGUCCUAGAUGAGAACUCUGCAACAGACAAGUAAGUGCUAACUUACCAUGUAGUUUUGUUCUUGUAUGUUGUGCAAGCUUGACUCAAGUCCAAAAAGAAAACAUCAAGGAGUACCUUACCGUAACUACUAGUCUCAGCAUGAUCAUAUCUUCCCCUAAACUCAUGCCAGGUUAGUCAUGCGCGAUGCCUCAGUGGGACGUGUGCAGCGCGUCAGGCGGUUGGCAAGCUAUUUGCAGUGUCAGAAUGUGAGGAAAGUGCGUCUGGUUUUGCAAGACGCUUGGCGCCAAACCCAUUAUUGGAAGCUAGAGGAGGAUAUGGACUUAACCAAAUAUGCGAAGUUAUGUUCUGAGUAAUGGAGAUAUAAGUACGAUCAAAAAGAGUAGAAGGUGUAGGUCACGUCUUGCUCUUGUGUUUUGUAGUUUCUCGUUUCCAGUUUCGUCCCUGAUCCUCAUCACUGUUUAACAUUAACUUUAUCCAAUACCCCACCCCUAACCCCUCUCUAACCACUACCCUCCAGCAGCAGUGCAUUCCGAAGCAGCGAGUGAAACCUCUGUACAAGUACGCAUCAGAACGGGAUAAGCAUAUGGCACAGUGUCUGCAUCAGUUAGAGCGUUUUACCUGGACUGGCGAUGGCGCUCAGUGGGAAGCCUUUCCUUUACCCUACCUGGACAUGGGUGUCUCGCGUAUCGGCGAGCGCAAGAGUUUCAAAGUGGUUUUAACGAACAAAUGCACACACUUGAUGCGCUUAAGCGUUAGGCCAGAUGAAGCGCUGGAGAAAGCAAGCUUACGUCUUCCAGUCGGUGACGAGAUUGGGAAGGUCGGGUUGCCGAUGGGUGCUAGUGCCAGCAUCAUUGUCGAGCCUUGGCCAGUGACUACUGGUGAAUGGUGUGGCAACUUGCUAUUAAAGGGUGAGACGAAAGCAGGCCAAACUGGAGAAUGCAAACUACCAGUGUACAUGAAAUUCGUCAUCGGAGGAUCAAUCGACAGUUCGUGUUUCCUGAACAACCGAAGCAAGACUGGAGCAAACGCCCACCCCUUAGAGGGUGGUCUUGCGGCGCAGCAUUUGCGUGGACUAACACUGGGGAACACCAAAAUCACGCAACUGUUGCUGCAACCUAGAAGAAUGCUGGGGGAUGGAGUGUCUGGGUCACUCCUCGCAGCACAGCAUCUACUGCAGCAAGGUGGUAACCCGAAUCCUGGAAGCAGCAACGUCAGUCAGAGUUUGCUGUCUCUGUCCAAGAUUCUGAAGAGCAGUGAAGAAGAAAUGCUUGCGAGCAGUAGCGCAUCUGAGGAUGAGGAUGCUGGUCACGGACCACAUGGAGGAGGAGGCUUGAACAAGGUAGUUGUGAACAACUACAUGUUGUCCGGUGGAGGGGUGGAGAAAGACAAUUCAGUCUCAGUAGCAAUUAAUCCUGGUCGUGUGACCAGCAAUCAUCUUUCCCAUCGUGGUCCGUUUCAGCUGCAGCCACCCAGUUGCAGUGACAGUAUCGCUGCCCCAGAACGAUUCGUCAGGCAUGUAGUGCAAAAACUGGCCAGCAGACCGCAGUCGGCUACAGACCCUGCUUCAGCCCCUAAGAAAAGCCGCGACUUCGUGGACUAUGCAAGUCGACAGCAGAGUCCUCGGAGUCGAUCGAGGUUGUUGCGUGAUGAUGUUGAUGAACAGAGCAUGAAUCAAGGAGUGGGAGGUGUGGAAAGCAACCACUAUGCGAGUGUCGACGUUUUUGUCGACCAAAGUGCUAGACCAGCGAGAGGGGGGUCUCGAGGAAGGAGCGCGUCCGUCAGCUACAUUAUGAACUACAACAAGAGAGCAUUAGAUUUGAUUUUCUUUCUCUAAAAGCAUGUAGUGUGCUGAUAGCGUUAGUAGACCCAUACUAGGGACAGAAUGGUGACAGCACAAGAACUAGGACUUUGUUAGAUGGCUUUCAUUUCGGAAGAGACGCUCUUCGGUGGUCAUAGUGCUGCGAGACGGAGGAAACAUUUCGACAAUGACGCGCAGCAUGGAGGAAUCUACAAUGAUGCGGAUAGCAGUAGCGAUGGCGAGGCUUCGGCUACGAGUGCGAACAACAACAAGCAAUCAGGAUCACAACAACAGGGAACCCACAACAAAAAUACAACAGCGAGAACAAACAUCAGAAAUGCACCAGCUCCUGUAACACCUGGAGCUCUGCCUCGUACUGUCGAUGUCACCAAAUUGACAGUGGUUCCUCCAUUGGCGACUCCUACGACUAGUUCAUCUGGUAACACCAGAUACAACAGACUCGAUCAAUUCAAAGACGUGGAGAAUCGUCCUCCAAAUGACAAUCAGGCAGAGGACAACCCCAAUCUCUUCUCCUCGAAAAUGAGUUCUCAACUUCAAGGAGCAGGAGUCGCUGGGCGACCUGUGGACUACUCUUUAUGAUGAAACACUUCUAACUAAAACACUACUAGCCAAAAGUAGAGCACAGAGGUACCAUGACAUGACAUGACAAAGCAAUUGGGUUGGAUGAAACAUAAUUAGCAAAACACGAGCAAGGUCCACCAAUAUGAGUGGGGGUUACAAAGGGGUGUGACUAGUUCUAUGUAAAAAAAAAAAACUACACAGAUCUUUUGUGAGAACGAGUGGGUGAAUGAGUGGAUGAAUGAAUGAGUCAACUUCUACACUCCUUCCUACUUGAAGUUGCCACGGGAGUGGUGCUCGCUGGACUUUCCUCACCUCGUCAGAUCUCUAACAACCGCCGUCAUGGUGCGAGAUAUCGACCCAACUAAGCGACUACCGUAUUUUGCACCGAAGCCUUUCGUGGAGAGGAAAAAUAAGGGGAAUUUGAGCCACAUCCAGUUCGAUCCGCGUUCACAGCACAACAUGGCACCAAGGACAGCGAGGCUGUAUCCUGGGAAGACGAACUUGUAAUCGACGACUACUGGAGAAAGAGAAUAAUCGGCGGGACUGGGACGUUGUUGUACUGUUGAUUUACAUUUAAGUGAUCUGAAUUGUUUAGAAACCUUAAUGAACAAUCAAUGUCACCGACCGUGACCACUAUCGAUGACAAAGUGUGAGCCCUGGAUCUGGGUAUAGAUGUCAUCAGUUUGUAGAAGCGUUUCUUUCCUUGCAGCUACUUAAUAUACGUAUUUUCACCACAUCAGUCAUGCAAUGCAUUUUCACGAGGUCGUUUCCUAACGAACAGUCAUAAGAAGUUGAAUUCCACGUCCGCCACAAAGAAACUCGAUCUCGAAUAAUGCAUAGAUACCAUCGAUCGAUAGCACACUGAGACAGUUGAGUCAUUUUCUUCCGCCUAGUACAGUAAUAAGAUAUAUAAAUAUGCCAUUGUUACAAUCAAAUGUUACAGCGCUUCUUCCUACAGUAAAUAAUGAAGAUGAUGAACUCUUACUCUAUUUGCGACACGCAUGAUAAAUCGCCCAACGAAGAAGGAUCAACAUAAUCAUGAAUCACAACAUCAACAUGUUUUUGUUUCCACCCCCAUCAAUCCAUAUUGGAUAUUUUCCAAUGUCAAAAAGAUACUUCUAGU